UGCGUCAACAUUUCUUUCACUGGUUAACAUCUGACAAGUAAGCAGAACCUAGCGCGCUGGAUCGAUGGUCGUAUAUUUCUACAGAUAAAUAAACAGUGAUGAUUAUUGUGGAAUGCAUCUCUGCUCUCCACUUUUAUUACUCUAUUCAGAAUGACGUCCCUUGAUCAAGAGAGUGACAGAUGUCAAUUGUCAUGUGUAAAUGAUUUCUGCAACACCAGGGUGAUGAAGCAGUUUUACUUCUCAAACAGGAUAUACUUUGUUUGUCUUAAACCUUGUGCUUUAGACAUCUAUAUCACAUCCUCACGAAGACGAGAAGAAGUACACUGUGACAGACAUAGAAAGAGAGAAUCAAAGUUUUUGUUAAUUGUUGAACAAGCCUAGGGGUUCUUUCGAAAGAGUUUCAUUCCCAUCCAACACUCACAUCUCUAGCAGAUAUGAGGAUUAAACUGCUGCCAGCGCUACAGGACAAUUACAUGUACCUGCUGAUUGAUGAAGCCACAAAGGAGUGCGCAGCAGUUGACCCUGUAGAGCCUCAAAAGGUGGUAGAUGCCGUGAGUGAGGAGGGGGUGACACUAAAAAAAGUCCUGACCACACAUCAUCACUGGGACCAUGCUGGGGGUAAUGAGGGCCUUAUCAGACUGACCGGUCCAUUGGAGGUUUAUGGGGGUGAUGACCGUAUUGGGGCUUUGACAAACAAGGUCAAGGAUGGAGAACAGUUCAAGGUUGGGAAUUUGAAUGUUCGCUGCCUGUUCACACCUUGUCAUACCACUGGACAUAUUUGUUAUUUUGUCACCGGAGAUCAAGGGGAACAACCCAUAGUGUUCACAGGUGACACAUUAUUUGUGGCGGGAUGUGGGAAAUUCUUUGAGGGUUCCCCUAAUGAUAUGUAUCAUGCCCUUGUGGAGAAAUUGUCCAAGCUGCCUGGUGACACGCGUGUGUUUUGUGGCCACGAGUACACGGUCAACAACCUUAAGUACGCUCUGCACGUCGAACCCCAGAGUAAGGAUAUACAAGACAAGUUAAAAUGGGCGCAGGCACAGCGGGAUAAAAAUGAACCAACAAUUCCGUCAACCAUCGCUGAAGAGCUCAAGUUUAACCCAUUUAUGAGAGUAGGGGCAGCAGAGGUGCAGAAGCAUUGCGGGAAGUCUGAUCCGGUGAAGACGAUGGGAUUUCUCAGAGAUGAGAAAAAUAACUUCAAAGCCAAAUAAUUCACAGGAUGUGUAUAUGUACUAUUGUCUUCGAACUGUUUUAUACAUUCAGGAGUACUAGUGUGUAUACAGAUAUAUGUAUGUACUCAUGAGGAUUACUUGUCUAUAUGUAAUGUUAAUGUUUAACUUUACCAGGGAUGUGUAAAAUGUUUACUCUUAUUAAAUUCCUGUUUUAGGUGCUAAAUGUAAGGUUGCUAUUUGUAGAAAAAUGUUAUUUACACAUUUAUUAUAAAAUUUUUCAUUUAUUUGACAAACUGGACUACCGUAAUUUCUCAAUAACUUUCGACGCAUUUUCAGACAAUGUAUACCAUGAUGCCUUGCGGGGUGGGG